GUUCCUCCCCCUGAGCUCCAGAACACAGGUCACAUGACCACUUUACUUCCUGUUUAUUUCAGAGGAGAAUGACCUGCCAUGGUUAUCUACUUUCGUUUAUAUAUUAUAGACUAUGUGAGAAACUAUACUGUCGGUUUUUAACUCGAUAAACAUGGAACUACUUUGGUGUUUCGUCCUGCUGCUGUGCGUCGCGGCUCUUCUUGCGGCGGCGCCCACUGAGAGCAGCUACCUGCCGGGCACAGGCAGGUUCUGGCACAUCACUGACCUCCACCUGGACCCCACCUACCACCUGACCCAAGACCCCACCAAGGUUUGCUUCUCCUCCAAAGGAGUCCCCGUCGCCAACCCCGGCCUGUACGGAGACUUCCUGUGUGACUCUCCCUACCGCCUCAUCCAGUCAGCCUUCGCUCACAUGGCUCCGCUCACACAGCCACAGGACUUCAUCAUAUGGACCGGCGACAGUCCACCUCAUGUCCCUGCAGACGAGCUCUCUACAGACUUAGUGAUCCAGGUGAUCAGUAAUAUGACCCGGACCAUCAGACAAUACUUCCCCAACCUGACCGUCUAUCCUGCGCUGGGAAACCACGACUACUGGCCUCAGGAUCAGAUGCCGACGUCCACUAACGCCGUCUACAGAGCUGCAGCUCAGCUGUGGAAGCUCUGGCUGCAGCCUGACGCUCUGCUCACUCUCUCACAAGGUGGUUUUUACUCGCAGCUGGUGAAGCCUGGCCUGCGUGUUCUUAGUCUCAACACCAUCCUUUACUACGGUCCUGAUAAAGUCACAAAAAACUUGACGGACCCUGCUGGACAGUUCGAGUGGCUGCAGAGAACCCUGGAGAAAUCUGCUCAGAGCCUGGAGAAGGUGUACAUCAUCGCUCACGUACCGGUGGGCUUCCUGCCCUUCGUCAGAAACACCACGGCUGUGAGAAGGAGCCACAACGAGCGGCUGGUCGCCAUCUUCAGGGAGUACAGUCACGUCAUUGCUGGACAUUUCUACGGCCACACACACCGGGACAGCGUCAUGGUGCUGCUGGACCAACGAGGUAAACCAGUGAAUUCUCUCUUUGUGUCACCGGCUGUCACGCCAAUCAAAUCUGUGUUCGAGCCUUACUCCAACAACCCGGCUUUCCGCGUGUACUUGUACAACCCCGAGGACUACGCUGUGCUGGAUAUCUGGCAGUACUAUUUGAAUCUGACGGAAGCCAACGAGAAACAAAGAUCUGACUGGAAGCUUGAAUACAUCAUGACUGAGGCUUUUGGACUGAGUGACCUGCGGCCACAGAGCCUCCUCCAGCUGGGCCUGAGCUUCAGGCUGCCGCAGACCGAAGCCUUCCACGUGUACUUCAGCCACUUCAUGGUCGACUACGACAGCAGCGUCGUCUGCGAGGGAAACUGUAAGCUCAGCCAGGUGUGUGCCGUGCUCUACCUGGACCAGCUGUCCUACUCCAGAUGUGUCUCACAGGGACUGUGGUAGCAGGGAAGUCGGUCAUUUGUUUUUGUUCCUUUUUUCUCCAAGAUGGUUCCUCAUGAGGUGAUUGUGCAUCUAACAUGUUACUUUCUGCUAUCGGAGGUCGUCCACGUGCAGUCCAGGCUAUAAAAUGCACAUUUCAAAGUGAAUGAGGAGUUUAAUUUAGAGCAAAAUACACGGGGGGGGGGGGUACUUUCUACAGGUGAUAUUCUACAUAUAUGCCAUGAUGAUCCUGCCUCUCAGCUUCAUGAGGUCACUCAGCAGGUUACAUCUCAUCAGUCAUGAAACAGUUAUUGCAUUCAGAGUUUAUUCCCUGUGUCCUCUAGCGUUUAUGGAUUACGUCUAAUCUCUGGAAUUAUCUAAUCGCUGCCAAAAGUCGAGUACUGAACCGUAUUUAAGUCUUUAUCUUCCAUAAUGUGACGCGUUUGAAUAUGUGAGCCGGGUGUAGUGACCAGGAGGGUUAGAGACCUCCCCCCCCCCACGCUAGAAAUGUACAUUUGCAGGAAGAGACAGACUGCAACACUUCAUGACGGUAUUGAAACACAGACAUGUGAAAUUGACCACAAAUGCAUUUAAUGUGUGUAGAAGGAUCGCUUGGGGUGCUACACAUGAAAUGAAACGUUACAUUAAAACUGAACGCUGACGAGAACAUGAUGAUGUUACAUACCCCGGAGACGGUAUUGAUUGAAAAUGUUGCAGUUGAUUACAUCACAGUUAAUUCAGCCGACACUUUUGUCCAGAGCGACUUACAAAAAGUGCAAACAAUCGUGAGGUGCAACUCCGAACAGCGAGACUCCUGCAGGUACUCGUGAAGUUUUAUACUAAAGAAAGAUCUGUUGUUUAAACCGUCUGUUGCUAAGUUUAAACGUGUGGCGACUUGUGUCUGCAGGGAGGCAAAGGAGCAGCGACUAAUCUCGUCUGACCCCCCCCCCCUCCCCCCGUCAGCCCCCCCAUCUUAUUCUUCUCCUGUUCAAACCUUCCAGAAACUCUUGUUGUUUCUCAGCCUCCACCCUCCCUCCCCCCCAGCUCUUUUGUCCUCCCCCCACAUGUUGAUUACACUUCUCCUUAAAGCUUCUUUUAUUUUUUAUAAUGAAAAAAAUACAUCAACACAAAUCCCCGAAAGUUGAGCUGCAAUAAAAAAUGAGCCAAAUGAUAAACCUGCUCGAUCUCUGCACAAGCUCUUGGCAGGAGGUGCAGGGAGGCGGGGAGGGGAGGGGAGGGGGAGAGGUGCAGGGAGGCGGGGGCCCCCUCAGGAGAAGCUUGGGGAUCGUGAAGUGGCUGGAAAAACACAUUUCCACAAGAUAGAAUAAUGUUGCUGGUGAAUCAGUGGAGGACUGCGUCUCCUGCAGCCCAACAACAAUCUGGUUCUGUUCAGACAUCUCAGCCGGAACAUGUCUGGACCUACCACUUUAUCAUGUAAUGUUAAACAUGAAUGAACAACUUUACGCACCUCGAGGAAAUCUCAUCUCAAAAUCUACAUGUCAUUUAUUAAACGUGUGUUCAUGUCACUUUAUUACAAACGCUCUCGGAUCACGUUGAGUCGCUCGGACAUCU